CGUCUCAGCUCGCGAGCCACAGUAGCAGCCGCCCCUUCAGCCUCCAUCAUCUGGCGCUCGUCCGCUCCCUUCCUCCGCACCUCGCCACCGGCCGCUGCCGCACCGGUCGCCCCUUUCUUCGCGGCCCCAUCGCAUCGCACCCGGUUGGCCUCAACCGGCUAGCUCCGCAUCGUGCCCCACCAAAUGGGCGCCCCGGGCCGCGACCUCACCGCUCUCCUAUCUAUCCGCGGCAGCGGCAGCCCGUCUGUUCAAGCGGUAGGCUAUCGCCUUUCAGUGUCUGGUAGGUGGUAUCAGUGAUUCAGUGUGAGGACGGAGGCGGAGGGGAGGUGGGGCAAACUCGGUGUGAAGCACAUCAGCGGGCAUGUUUGGGUCGGGGCUGAACCUAGUCAGCGCGGCGCUCGGCUUCGGCAUGACCGCAGCCUUCGCGGCGUUCGUCUGUGUGAGGUUCAUCUGCUGCCGCGAACGCCGUGGUGACACCCGUGCGCCGCCAUCGCCGGAUUUCGCCGCGGAACUCGAUGGCCCGGUGCGUGCAAUGCCCCCGCCCCCUUUCCUGUUGACACUGUGCUGCUGCCUAGUCCACGGUCCUUCCCACGAAGGGGAAUUUUCUCGUAUCUCGGAAAAGGCAUGGACUCUGAAGUGUCCCUGCUGUAUGUUGUCUGCGAUAAAAAUCGAAAGGAGGAUUACAUUACAUGAGAAUUUCAUGUGCGUUCCGAAUCAAAUGGGGAAUUAAAUAGGGACACACGUGGCCAACUUGCUUUUCCAGUGGGUGUGAUGCAGUCAAAGUGGCUUUAGAUUCCUUAGUGUUACGAGGUUUUUUUGGGAUUAUUUAUGAAAAUCUGGCGCCCUUUAAAAUAACAGGCUACUUAACUUCGCUUUGGUAUCCUUGUUCUAUCCAUAUGUGAUUACAAUGAAACUGAAGUCCUAGCCUUGAAGGGCCUUGUCGGCAGUCUCCGAAAUACCAUAUCUUCAUUGCACCUAUGAUUGUUUUUAUCCAUGACCUGGUAAUUAUGAGUGCAACUUUGAUAUAUCUGGAUUUAUUUGUUUUAUCUUAAGCCUUGAUUGUUUUGGUAGCAUUCUGAUCUAUUUCGAGUUCCCUAUGCAUCCACGAACAAACUUUACAAUCAACAAGUUGACAGCACCUGCACAGGACCAGCUGGAAAAAAGGAUAAGAGUUUUAGGCUGUAUUCUUUCUAUGUUAUUAUAUAUUUUUCAUGUUGCCAACUAGCUGUGAUCCACUCAGCACUCUUUUGCAAUGAUCUGUUCCAAUUCAUUGUUGUUUAUAUUAUGUCGAUUACAAGUUUGUGAAUCACUCUCUUUAGAGCAAAAUUUGUGUUUGAAUGGCCAUUGUGUGUUCUUUUUUUUCAUACAUGUACUAAAUUUUAAAAAAUGACUAUGCCAAUCAAGCAAAAGUAUAAUUCUCAGAGUUAGUGUUCUAUCAUUCACAAAGCAUCUCUAUUAAAUAUUCUUUUUUAACCGGAAAGUGGUUGGUUUUGUGUCUUUAAAUGUUAUUUGUGUAAUUUACCAGAGACUUGAGAGAACAUUUGAGGGAGAAUUAAGAAGAGAGGGAGAGGGAAGCUGUGGUCAAGACGUGGCAGGUGUUUUAGAGUUACUGGAGCGUGAAGGGAGUAAUGGCCACAAGGGCCAACCCCAAGCCAGGGGCAUGAGAUGGGCUAAGCCCUUGAUCAACUUCCGCUUAUGAGUUUCGAAGGGUACAGGGGGAUGCUCUGUAUAGAGGAGGCUCCACUUUACUGCUAACUAACCUAUCCUGGCCUUCUCUAUUUCGGGGGAUACUUUCCAAUUGCAAGAGAUAACCCUAACCAACUAGAUCCAUGAUCCUUAUUAUUCUGGACUUGAUGGUGAUGCAGGGGUGGCACUACAUUACUGCAGUCGAGUCAGUCUUAGGCCAUGACAGCAAUAGUUAAACUAGCAGUUUUUCUUCACCGGUGUGGUGCUGCUACUAGAAUAAGAAUAGAACGCACUCGUACUGGGUUGGAACCUUUGGUUAUUGCUGCAAUUCCUACUAUGAAGUACAAUUGUGAGGCUUUCAACUCUAAAGACGAUGUCCAGUGCUCAAUAUGUUUAGGCGAAUACAGGGAGAAAGAGAUACUACGAAUCAUACCAACAUGCCGCCACAGCUUUCACCUUGCCUGCUUAGAUUUAUGGUUGGAAAAGCAGACGACUUGCCCAAUAUGCCGGGUCUCACUGGAAGAGCUGCAGGCUGCCAUGCCAUCGGUAUGUAGCAUCCAGCAACUCCCGCCCGAGCCCGACCCCGACCCCGACCCAGAGAAUUCUGAUAACCCAGCACCUCAGUGUUUCCAACCUGCUCGUCAACAUCCCAGAGAUCAAAAUAAUAGCCAGGAGACGCACGAAUCAGUAGAAGUGAUUAUUGAAAUUCGACGAUGAAUAGAAACAUUGACAUGAAUGUAGAAAGCUAAGCGACGGAGGCAAAUAUGGAACAUUUCCUGCAACCAAGCACCGGCGUUUUCUUUAGGGCUACUGCUAAUCAAUUAGUCAUGUCGCCCGCAGCAUUGUCUCGGUAUCAUGACGUUUCAUCUCCCAAUUCCUUUGUAGAGGAAAAAGAAAAGUUUAUGUACGAUUCACGUAGUAGGUCAUCAUGUUAUAUUAUUGAGAAUCUGAGGCCUUUGAGAUCAUUUUGAUGUUGUAAAUAUACAUUGUAUCAAUAUUGAAUAACAUAAAGGGUCAGAGCUGCACAAAUAUCUUCCUUGUGA